GCGUCUUCGAAGUUGCUCCUGGGGACGGGGCGGGGUCCGGAGCAGUGGUGAUGGCUUCUCAGCAAGGGGUGCCCACCUCGCCCCUGCGGGUUCUGGAAGAAGCGUUGGGCAUGGGUUUGACGGCUGCCGAGGAAACCGCAGACGCGGUGGCCGCCGAGGGCGCCUACUACCUGGAGCAAGUCACCAUAACUGAAGCAUCUGAAGAUGAUUAUGAAUAUGAAGAGAUAGCAGAUGACAAUUUUAGCAUUCCAGAAGGUGAAGAAGAUCUGGCAAAAGCAAUUCAAAUUGUUCAAGAACAGGCUACAGAUACUCAAAUUUUGGAGGAGAAAACAGUCCUUCCUUCAAAGAACUUAGCUCCUGAAGUAAUAGAAGACUUUCUCUGCAAUUUCCUGAUCAAAAUGGGAAUGACCAGAACUCUUGAUUGCUUUCAAUCUGAAUGGUAUGAGUUAAUACAGAAGGGAGUAACUGAACUUAGAGAUUUCGGGAAUGUUCCAGAUGUCUACACCCAGAAUAUGCUUUUAGAAAGUGAGAUCAAAAAUUUGAAGAAAGACUUGAAACACUACAAACAGGCAGCUGACAAAGCUAGAGAAGAUCUGCUGAAAACUCAGAAAGAACGUGAUUUUCAUCGAAUGCAUCACAAGCGAAUAGUCCAAGAGAAAAACAAAUUAAUCAAUGAUCUCAAAGGGUUGAAGUUACAUUAUGCAUCUUAUGAACCAACAAUAAGGGUGUUACAUGAGAAGCACCACACUUUACUAAAGCAGAAGAUGCUGACCUCCUUACAAAGAGACAAAGCAGUCGAGCAGGUCUGUUGGCUGAGAGGGUCUAGAAGCGAUUGUACUCCAGUAACAGCGGGUAUAUCCCGUGCUCAGAUUUCUAGACAUUCAGCAACUGCAAGGCAUAUGGAACCACAGCAAAGUUACCAUUCUCCUGAAAUUAGAGUUGUUCCAGGUUGUGAAAAGGAAAACACACCAGAAGGUCCUGCUCAGAAAGGUCUUCAUGAAGCCAAGGAACAAAACAAAUGUAAAACAAAGAUAAAAAAUAAUACAAAGGCCUCCUUCAACAGAAAUCAAGAGGGAGCCUCUGAGGUCAGUGCAAGAUCAACCCUCUGUCCAACUCCACGCCUCCAUCAACAGGAGUUGAGAGGGAACUUCCAAACUUGGAAUAAGACCAAACCUUUGCAGGACACCAUUGGCGGGAGACAGCAGAGCACCCGAACACUAAGAAUAAGGCCACCCAUCUACAAAGCAUCAUGCCUCUCUCAGCAGGAGCCAAAUGAGAGAUUCUGAGUUAACACAUGUUCCUGGCCUGUCUUCCCCCAAUCCUCUCUUUCUUCAGCAUCCAUACUUUUACCUAUGUUCUUUUGACUCUUCAUAAGGAGCCCAGGACUUUCAUUUAUUCCAGAACUAUAAUCUUCCCUAAGGCUCCUUAUGUCACUUUUUCUGACAAGUCUCUCCUUACCCUUUUCUGGCUCCUGAAACUUUUUUCUGUACACUCUGGAAUGCAAGAUCAUUGAUCAGCAAAAUCCUUUAUAUUUUCAGCUUCUGUGAAUGUUCUCUUCACCUCUGUGCUAAUGGAAAUCUAGCUUUUCCCUCUAGUUCCUCCUGCAGCCGAUGUAUUUCUGGUAAAUGUUUAACACUAAGCUCUUUGGCAGUGGGGGAAGCCGUAAUUUGUCAUGUUUUCCAGUUUAUGUGCUAUAAAUAUAUCAGGGCUAUUCAAAUUACCUUUUUAUUUCACUAAAAAUGCAGUUGGGAAGGACAGCCAGGCAGCCCUCCUGAUCUCCAGCACACCACAUCCUACAGUACUCUUCAGGGUAACUGUUCUGUCUCCUUCUGACUCAACUGUAGCACUGGACCUGGAGGAGAGAUAAACGUCCCCUUUACUUCUCAUUGCUGCUUUCAGUCCCUUCUUCAUGAACACAUACUGCCUUGAAUCUCAUAUUAUCAGAUUAGCCCACACUAUAACUUUUUAACAGGCACUUCUUUUCAGGUCUUUUUUUGAGUAAAUUAAAAAAAAUUAAGCCCAGCAACAUUGUCGCUUUCUUAAAAAUGAGUCCUGCCAUAAUUCUUUGUUAUUUAAAUAUUCACAUGGAUGAUCCUUCUAACAUGCUGGACUUUCAUUCGGUUCCUCAACGGCCUCAUUUUUAGUGAUCCUGUUCUCCAUCCAUUCUCAGCUAGCUACUGACUUUCUGGUUAUUUCCUAGGCCUUGUUAUUGUCAGUAAAUGCCAUCAUUUCCCUUUUUUAUUUUAUUUUAUUUUUUCGCUAUUUGCUCCUCAUCUCUCUAACCUCUGUAUGUUGAGAUGUGGAGCUCAACUCUAGGACCUCUUCUUUUUGCUGUCAUCACUCCCCAGGUGAUCUUCUCUAGUCUCCUGGCUUCAGUUACCUCUAAUAUGUUAACGACUACUUAAUUUACAUCUUUCAACUGAGAUCUCUUUUUCCUGAACUCUAGUUUUAUGUAUUUAACUGCAUAUUGACCCCUGCAAUUAUAUGUGAUUCCCCACUAAAGCUCUGUCUUCUACAGUUUUCUCCAUCUUAAUUAAUAGAAACUCCACAUUCCCAUUUACUUAGAAAACUCUAGAGUUAUCCUUGAGUCAUUUCGCUCUUAAUAUUUUAUAACAAAUAUGAUAAAUUCUUUUGGUUCUAUUUUUGAAAAAUAUCCACACUUUCAUUUUUUCCUACCACUCCCACUGUUGCUCCCUGUUUCUUUUUUUUUUUUUUUGUAUCAUCUGUAGUUUGUAUUAUUGCAAUAGCCUCUUAAUGAUCUCUUGAUUUUUCUUUGUUUUCCUUCAGCCUCCUUUGAACACAGCAGCAAGAGUAAUUCUGUUAAACCAUAAGUCUGUCCAUAACAUUUCUCUGUUGAAAACUUCAUAAUGGCUUCCUGACUUUCUCAAAUUUCCAAGUAAAGUCAUAGCCUCUGAAGCCCUACGUAAUCUGGCCCAUUUUUACCUCUCUGACCUUAUCCCCUGCUGCUCUCCCAUCUUUUACUCUGUUGCAGCCACAGUAGCUUCCUACCUAUUGUAGAACACAUUAGGCAUGCCCCUGCCUGCAGGCUUUUGCACUUGUGGUUUCCUGAGUUGUCUUCCCUCACAGAUCCUAUUGACUCAUCCCCUCACUUCCUAUAAAGAUUUAUUCAAGUAUCUUCUUUUAGAGAUACAUUUUAUAGCCACCCAGUUUAAAUUUUAAUGCUUCCCCUCAUUCCCUGUCCUUUCCCCGGCCUCAUUCUUGCUUUACUUUUUCUCCUUACAUGUCUUACAUAUCUUUCUCUACACAUCUGUGUCGUACUUAAUAGCUUGUUUAAUGUAUCUCUUCCCCGCUAGAAUGUAAGCUCCGUGAAAGCAGGGAUAUUUAUCUCAGUGCCUAAAACGUGACUGGCAAAUAGUAAUCAUGCCAUAAAUGUUUUUAUAUGAAUGAAUGCGUAAAUGAAAAAAUGUGUUCUACUGCUGCUGUAUAGAUAUGAAAUUUGUUACUCUAAGUUGACCUUGCUAAACUCUUUAAUUCAAUAGUUUGAAGUUCUUUUGGGAUUUUUUUUUUUUUUUGUAAAUGAUAUUAUCCAUGAACAAUGAUAAUUGUGAUUUUCCUUUAAUAUUUUAUGUAUAUUUUUAUCUUUGUGUAUUGUUAAGGACCUCUAAAAAGUGGUUAAAUGGAAGUGGUUAGAGUAAAAAUUUUUGUCAUGUUCUUGAUUUUAAAGAGAAUGCUUCUGAUGUUUCAAGUCUUUGGUAGAUAUUUUUUAAAUUUAAAAAGUUCCCUUUAUUUCCACAUUUGCUAAGUUUGUUUAUUUGUGUUUUAUCAUGAGUUAGCAUUAAAUUUUUGAUUCAUAAAUGAAUUGUAAACUUUUAUUAUGUUUAAGUGUUAAGAUUUUAUUUUAUCAUGAGUAAAUAUUGAAUUUUCUGCUUCUGAGAAGAUUUUCUCCAUUAAUAUUUUAAUAUUGUAAAUGACAAUGGAUUUUGUAAUGCAAACAUUCUCUUCCAUUAUUGGGCUAAUCCUAACUGAUUCAAGUGUUAUCUGAUUUAUAUACCACUGGAUCUAGUUCAGUGUUUUUUCUUACAAUGAUUUUAUGAAGAAAACUGGCCUUUAAUUUCCCUUUUUAGUAA